UCAUAACAACAGGCACACGGACCAGAAGAAGAGGAAGAUACACUAUAGUCUAUCAUUCUGUAAAGUAAGGAUUAUAGGCAAAAUCAUGAGUCACUCCUCAUAUCGCACCUCUUAUCAGCGCACUUUUGGGGCGCCUGCCUAUAGCCCAGUGUCCAGUCGCGUAGGAGGCCGUUACAUCUCCUCCUCCACACCCGCCCGCUCUGUGGACUUCAGGAGCCGCUCCAGCGCUCCGGGCCCCCGGCUCUCUUAUGAUAAAGUGGACUUCUCUCUGGCAGAGGCCGUCAACCAGGAGUUCCUGACCACACGCAGCAACGAGAAACGAGAACUGCAGGAACUCAACGACCGCUUCGCCAGCUUCAUCGAGAAGGUGCGGUAUCUGGAGCAGCAGAACUCGAAGCUGACUCUGGAGUUGGGUCAGUUUAAGGAGCAGCAGCAGGGGCCGUCGGGACGGGUCAACGAGCUGUGCCAGCAGGAGAUGAGAGAGAUGCGCAGACAGAUGGAGCUCAUGGGCAACGAUCGAGACCAGAUGCAGGUGGAGAGAGACAACCUGGCCGAAGAUGUGGCCCUGCUCAAGCAGAGGUUAAAUGAGGAGAUGCAGAAAAGACAGGAAGCUGAAAAUAACCUGACUCUCUUUCGUAAGGAUGUGGAUAGUGCUACACUUGCCCGUCUGGAACUGGAGAGGAAGAUUGAGUCUCUGAUGGACGAGAUCGAGUUCCUCAAGAAGAUGCAUGAUGAGGAAAUUCAGGAUGUGCAUGUGAGCGUUCAGAAUCAGCAGCUGAAGAUGGAGGUGAUAGAGACGACCAGCCGGCCUGAUCUGACCGCCGCGCUUCGGGACAUCAGAGCUCAGUACGAGACCAUCGCCUCCAAGAACAUGCAUGAGUCUGAGGACUGGUACAAGUCCAAGUUUGCAGACCUGACCGAUUCAGCCAAGCGUAAUGCUGAGGCAAUGAGACAGGCUAAACAAGAGACCAAUGACCUGAGGAGGCAGAUCCAAGCCCAGAACUACGACAUUGACUCUCUCAAGAGCACUAACGAGGCUCUAUCGAGGCAGAUGAGAGAAAUGGAAGAGCAGUUCGCCGGAGAGGCUGGAAACUAUCAAGAUACUGUGGGGCGUCUAGAAGAGGAGAUACAGCGCCUGAAGGAGGAGAUGUCACGCCAUCUGCGGGAAUACCAGGAUCUGCUCAACGUCAAGAUGGCCCUGGACAUCGAGAUCGCCACCUACAGGAAGCUUCUGGAGGGAGAGGAAAACCGAAUUACGGUUCCUAUCAUGAAAAUGCCUUCGAUGAGUGGUGGACAGUUCAGUGGUGAUUAUGGUCAAUUUUCUGAUCCUGGACCUGGAAAGAAAGUCCUAAUCAAGACUGUGGAGAUUCGUGAUGGAGAGGUGAGGUACUCCAUCAGCAGAUCUAGUGAUUCUAAUGAAGUGCUACAACAAUAAAAGAGACUGUUUCAUAUUAUUCACAUUUUACUUAUGUUUAAUGUUACAUCUCUCUACAUUAAAUGGUUUUGUUUUGUUUGUUAAAUGUAUAUUUGCAGAAACACACACAGCAACAUAGUGUCGGCCCACAUCUGGAAUCCACACGCACCAGAUGUGGGCCUGAUCUGGGCCGACACUAUGUUGCUGUCUGGGAAACAUCUGAUUGAUUCAUUUGCUCAUUGCUCAGGUGAAAGAAUCUACAAAGGAAAAGAACCGAGAUGAGAAGAAAGAUUCACACGAUCAAGGAGAUUAGAGCGUCUAGAUAAAAAAAAACAAAAAAUGCUUGAGUUAUUGAUUGUGUGUUGCAAUUUUUAAAGGACUCUAAGAGUAACAUUUAGAGUGAUGCUUAUAGUGAAUAAUCAGCAAAUGUUUGACUCAGUAUUGUGUAUACGAUGGUGCUAUUAACAUGUAUGUGCAUAACAUGACUGCCUUAUCUGAAUAAAUCAUGUGUGUAGACUUAAUGUCACUAACUCUGGAUAUCCAACAAACAUCAGAAACAAUAUUUCAGAAGUUCACGUGUCAAUAUAAUCUUCAAAUAAAAGAAUGUAAUGUGAAUGUAAA